UUCAAUGGCCCCAAGAAUAAUAGAAUUCUGUAUUCUAUUCGCCUUGCAAUGGCCCUUAUCCACAGAAUGAGCUGUCAAGAGGAAGACUGAAAAUCGUUUACUCAGGUUGAAUCAUCCUUAUUAGCAGCACGGCAAAAAGUCUUCCGUAUUACGAAGACAUUUCUAUUGAUUUUCACAAGUCGAAAGUGCCGCGUAAAUUCGCUAAAAAUUAAGUUCAAAUAAAAUAAGUGAGCAUAUAAAUACUAGUGCAUUGAAUUAAGACACCAACAAUGGAGGAGUUAUGGCACAAGACAUGCAAACACUUUGCAGUAUCUGAAGAUGUGGCCAAAAGCUGGUACACACGAAUAAAACAACGUCUAAAUGAAAGUCAAUCCAAACGUUAUUAUCACAAUUGGAAUGAAAUGAUGCAACAUAAGCAAACACAUUUACAGCACUGUAAGCCUGCUCUUGUGUUGGCUGCAUUCUUUCAAUACUAUUCUUACGAUGGCGUACAACCUUGUGCGAAAGGGAAUUGUGCAGCAUUUGAAGAAUUUUGUUCCGAUGCAUCGCUAGAAGACACAGAGUCCAGGAACCUGAUAUUGAAACUUCUGGGUGAUAAAUCGACAGAGAACGAGCUGAACACGACGUUUGAAGAUGAUGCGAACUUACUGCAGGACUUGGAUCUUGUUAUACUAGCCGCAAAUGCGGAAGAUUAUAAACGCUAUAGUCAACUACUCCGUAGAGAAUAUGAGCAUAUGAGCGAUGCGGAUUACAAAAACAUGCGUUUAAAGGUACUUCAAGCAUUGCUAAGCAUCCCAAAUAUAUUUUCAACACCGGAAUUUCAAGUUCGCUAUGAAGCUGCAGCACGUUCAAAUAUGAAAGAUGAAAUAAACGCUCUAAAAGCAUAGUUAAACUGUCGGGCCGAAUGACUUUGUUAAAAAAAAACAUACACGUACAUAAUGAGUGCAUAGUAUAUAUGAGAAAUACAGGAAUCAGAAAACAAAGUAACGUUUAGAAAAUGCAACUCAUCAAAUGAAAGUUAACUUAAUGCAAAACAAUAUGUUUAUGUAUAUAUAUGCUUAUACGUGCGAUUUAAAAAAUAUUUAGCUAUGCAAUUAACAUUGCAUUUGUGGGCGGUGUAAUUUCCAAGAUAUACAUUAGUUUUUGAAAUGUGUUUAUUUAUUAUUUAAAUGGUGCGAAAUCUCAACGUUGUCAAAUCGAUAUUAAACUACCAAACAUUCAACCCACCUUGUAAAUGUAGCCCGGCUUACUUUUUCUCAAUUCUACGCCCCAACUUACAACAAAUAUAUAUACAUGAAUUUAUUAAAAUUAUAAUUGUGUGUGUAUUUAAAAGAAAUGAUUGCAAUAAAUAUGUAAAAAUGGAAAAAAUGUGUUUUAUUGAAUAAACUAUUA